AUGGCCCCACACGCGGGUACCUGUGCUGCUCAACCGGGCAUGUCAUCUGGGCUUGGUACGCACUGUUCCAGCCCGCGGAAACUCAGAGACAAGCGAAAAACUCAGGUACUUGUUGAAGUGCCAGGUCAGAAGGCUAAACAGCGCCAGUUGCUCACAAAGAUGGCCAGUUUACUUGCAGGUUCAGUGAAGCCUAAAGAAACUUCACCUGUCCUGGCAGAGAUGGAAGCGGACACAGCAGUCCUCGAGGAAAAUGCUAAUGAGGCUUGGGAAGACAUCCUUGAGCCUCACGACAAUUGUUCUCCCCAACCUGCCUCACAAUCCACAGCGAGUCGUCGUACCCAGCCUGAUCUCACAUCUACUCGCUUGUAUGACAGCUGGAAAACACUUAUUCCUACCCUGGUCGAGACCCAACUAGACUACACUGCAAGGACGCUAGGAGCGCCUCUCGAAUGA